CACCAAUUGGGAUUCAGGACGCCCCGUCGGCGUGGACUCGGGUGCCUUGGCCCCCGGCUUUCCACGGUCGCAGGCCUGAGCUGUCUGGUCUCGGAUUCCCUCCGACUUUUCUCCUAGAUUGCUGCCUGUCAUUGUUCUCGCUGCCAAAUGGGGAUGCUCGGUGAGGGCGGCCGAGUUGGGGUUUUCUCAGCAACACCAGGCCUCUCGGGCUGACCCCCGGGCCCCCAGCCCCCGGGCUCUGACUUCUUCAGGUGGCUGCGCGGAUUUUCUUUCUUUCUUACCGAGUAGUAUUUUAUUGUACAGGAGCCACGCCCUAGUUUCUUAAAGGCGCGGCGCCCUGUUUGGCCACGUGUUCUCGCUGCUGCCGGUGUGUGGGAAGCCUCCUGUGAGCCACCUAUUUUUUUUCCCGCCCAUUUUUCUGGUCCAUCCUCCCACCCCCGUCAAGGAUUUAGGGAUGCCCGUGGGGAAGAAGGUGAUCGGGACUGGCAGCAGUGCUGUCCCCAUUGCUGCCGCCGCUGCCCACUCCGGGAUCCGGCGUUUGGAGACCAGUGAAGGGGCUUCAGCCCAGAGAGAUGAGGAUCCCGCGGAGGAAGGGGAAGAGGACCUGCGAGAUGGAGGUGUCCCUUUCUUCAUCAACAGAGGUGGUCUGCCGGUGGAUGAGGCCACCUGGGAGAGGAUGUGGAAGCACGUGGCCAAGAUCCACCCUGAUGGGGAGAAGGUGGCGCAGAGGAUCCGCGGAGCCUCCGACCUGCCCAAGAUUCCCAUACCAAGUGUGCCUACUUUCCAGCCGACUACGCCUGUCCCCGAGCGCCUGGAAGCUGUGCAGCGCUACAUCAGGGAGCUGCAGUACAAUCACACAGGGACACAGUUCUUUGAAAUUAAGAAGAGCAGACCUCUGACAGGACUGAUGGACUUGGCCAAGGAAAUGACCAAAGAGGCUCUGCCAAUCAAAUGCCUGGAAGCCGUGAUCCUGGGAAUUUACCUCACCAACAGCAUGCCCACCCUGGAACGCUUCCCCAUCAGCUUCAAGACCUACUUCUCAGGGAACUACUUCCGCCACAUCGUGCUGGGAGUGAACUUCGGGGGCCGCUAUGGGGCCCUGGGCAUGAGCCGGCGUGAGGACCUGAUGUAUAAGCCGCCUGCCUUCCGCACGCUCAGCGAGCUUGUGCUGGACUAUGAAGCCGCCUAUGGCCGCUGCUGGCAUGUGCUGAAGAAGGUGAAGCUGGGCCAGUGCGUGUCCCAUGACCCACACAGCGUGGAGCAGAUCGAGUGGAAGCACUCGGUGCUGGACGUGGAGAGGCUGGGCCGAGAUGACUUCCGCAAGGAGCUGGAGCGCCAUGCCCGAGAUAUGCGGCUCAAGAUUGGCAAGGGGGCAGGACCUCCCUCUCCUACUAAGGACCGGAAGAAAGAUGUUUCCUCCCCACAGAGGGCCCAGUCCAGCCCCCACCGCAGGAACAGCCGCAGUGAGAGACGGCCCUCGGGUGAGAAGAAGCCUCCAGAGCCCAAAGCCAUGCCAGACCUCAAUGGGUACCAGAUCCGAGUGUGAGGUGGAUGCCAGCACUCCAGACCCUGUCCUGCUUCUGGAGGCCAGGAUCUAUCUGCUGGAACCUGCCUCGCUCGAGGCAGGAGCUGGUGAUGGGGCAAAGCAAGAGGCUACAGGCAGGGUGCAUUGCAGCUCAGCCCUCAGGCUGCUCUCCUCCCAUUGGAGCCAAGCCCCUACCUUUGGGCCAAGAUUCAGUAUUUUCUUCAGUUUUUAGCUCUAGGACUGAAGUUUAAGGUAUUUGGGGGAAAAGGACAAAUGGAUGUGCUAAUGGCUUGAGGAGGGCAAAGCUGAGAGACCUGAGAGCCAUGGAGCUGGGUGGGAAGGCUUGCUGGUCCUGCCACUGCUCCUAUGCACAGACCCAUGGGAAGUUUCCUGACCCCGCCAGUCAGUAGGGGAAGGUGGGGUAGGGUGGAGGUGUUCAUUUCUCCAGCUAGGCCUGUCCUGGUGGAAUCUUGACCAAGGGAACUGGAAGCAGGGUUGUAUUCUUCCUAGAAAGGUCUGGGUGGCCCAUAAUCAGGGAGCUUGCUGCAAGCUACAUCUGCCCAAGAACCAGCCUGUGGGCCCAGAGUGCCCUGGAGUGCCCACAGCUCCAGAGGGAAUGUAUGAGCCUGGGCCAUGGCCACCGGGGCCACCACAGGAGAAGAGGCUUCUGCCUCUAGCAACUCAGGGGCUCCCUGCAGAGGGUCUGGGCUUUGCAGAUGGCUCAGAUUUGCACUGUGGACAACGUGUUUGUGCAGACCAAGCAGACCUUGAUGCCAUGGCUGGGCAUAAGGUAACAGCAUGAAACCCUCAGGCCUGGGUCAUUCCUCUGACAAUGUUUAAAAUGGGCUCUAUUGUCCACCCUACCCCCUGACACCUCAGCCCUUACUGAGGAACUCAAGACAAGAUAGACCAAGAUGCCUGUGCCCCAGGACUACCUCUCCUGCUUUCAAAGCCUAUGUAGGCUUGGGUGGCAGUGAUGGCUCGUCACAUUUGGCAGGGCCUUGGGGCGCUUGUAUCUACCUAAGAGCUGCCCAGAUAGCAGGAGUUGACCACAUUCUAUGAGGCAUGUGAUGGAGGAAGAUAAUGUGGAGAGAAACAGGCAAGGGGAGGGGAGGCUCUGGGCUCUAAAAAGGAGGGACAGAGUCUGAGAACUGGGGGUGUGUGAGGGGAUGUGGGAAGUAGUUUAGGAACAGGCUGUGCUUAGGGCUGGGUUCCCUGACUGCACAGGGCUCUGGAAGCUGGAAUUCAGAUUGUGCAAAGGCCAGGUGAGGUGAUCAUGAAGGGUUGGUUGGUUGGUUUCCUGAAGGGCUAUGGGUCAGCAAGGAGCAACUCAGUAAUGUUGUAGAGGGGACUGGAGUCCUGGAUACGGGAAGAGUAGAACCAGGUUUGUAAACUCAGAAUGCCUACAGGAAUAGUAGGGGCUACACAGGAAGGCUGCAGGGCUUCUGGGUGGGGACUGUAUCUCAGUAGAAGAGCUCCCACUGUUCUGUGCCCACAGUACUGGCUUAGGGGAGCCAGACUGUUUUUUUUUCUUCUGAUUUUGUAUGUGAAGUCUAACUCUUAAAAGUUAGCAUUUGGUUCAAGAAAUCCAGUAUAGGUGACAGAGUGCCACUCUGUGACAUGGGAGUGGAAAGCUUGUGCUGAGGACCCCCCACCCCAAUGCUUUGAGUGGGAAGUAUGACAGUUUUGAGUUUCCCAGGGCUAGGUGAGGCAGCUGAAACUCCUGGAAGGGACAGCUUCCUGUGUUCAUCUUCUUUGCAGAAAAACCUGAGACCCCGUGUAGUUGCUGGGCACCAGAGGGGUGGAGUGAACUAGCCAUGGUACAGCUGGGCUAGCCAGGAGAUGGAUGGGGCCUGGAGACAAAAACAAGGAAGAGAGGGAGGAGCAGGCAUGCCUUUGCUGAACAGAUGCUCUCCAGGGAGAGCACAGGGGCUGGCAGCUUGUCAAAGCAGCAGGUUUUGACCAGCCAGGCCCAGCUGGGUCCAGCCAGAGGCAUACUGAGAGGCCAGCUGAUCAGCUUCUUGCCUCCUUGGUUCAUGGGUUCAGGGGGCCCUAGGGUGAUGUCUAACAUACCCCAUACUACACCCCCACCAGACCAAGGGGCAUGCAACUCCCUAUGCCAAUACAGCCCUCAGGGAGUAGGGUUCCCACAUUCCCACGCUCACCUACGGGGAAAUGGUUCAUACUGGGAAGCAUGAGGUUGAAACAAGCAGGGCCUAGAUGUGGCUGAUUGUUGAAGCCCAAUGGGCCCAGCCAUUUCUGGAAACCUCGGGAAAUGACAGGGUAUUGGGUAGAAGACGUGAGAGGGGCUAGGAGCUGGAGGCUGGUUGACAUGGGGGCCCUAGGGUACGCUAAUGCACAGGCACCCUCCUCUGAGCCCUUCAGGCAGGAUGGAGGCUCACCUACUUGCUGUCUGUAGGAAGGCGUAGGUCCCCAGCUGUAAUCCCCUAGUGCUUGCCCCUUCUCGGCCAAGACUCGGGCCUUCGGGGCUGGGCACAAGCCAUAGUGGUGCUUUUUAAUUUAUUUGCAACUGUUUCUCAUAUGUAGCAUCCCCUCCUCUCCUCUGAGCUGUUUACACAGGCAAUGCUCCCUGGGGCUGGCCUGGUUGUAAGGCCUCUGGGGAGACAGAAGCAGGGACUUUGGGGCCUUAGUCACCAUCCAUGCUAUCACUGCAUCUCACUUCCUGUGAGGGACAGAGGGGGCCUGGUUGAUAUGACCCCAGCUUCCUCCCACCCAUGCAAGCUUGUCUUCCAGCUCCUCUGCCCACCCCCUUAGGGUGAGGGAGAUGCUAGCUGAGGUCGGGGUGAGGUAGAGAAGGCUGCUCAGUGGAGGUGGCCAGGACUGGGGAGGGGGGGAGGGGGGCUCUCUCCAAAGCCUGGUACUUUGUGCUAGGUUGUCAGGUCACAACAUGGGGAUCUAGCUUCAGAGAGUCUUUCCCUCUACCCGACUACCUGCCAGUCCGCUCCCUCCAUGGCCUCACCACACCCUCAUGUCCCGCUCACAUCCAUCAUGCCAGACACCUCAUUGUUAUGUGGGCAAGUAGAAGCCAAGGGUACAAGCAGCAGCCCACUGGCCCUGCACAAGAUGAGGGAGCCUAGGGCCAGGAUACCGAGAAGCAGCAGCUAACAAUGACUUCUAGCCACACUAUCAUUCCUUCCAGUAUGAACUUGACUUCGUGGUUUGGGGAGUUGGUCUAAUUGUGUCUGGUUGGAUGCCCAAAGGCCUGUGGGCAUGCGUGCAUAGUUUUCCUACCUGGAAGGUAUUCUGGCUUAGCAUGGGUACCUUACAGACUCAUCCUCUGCAUGGUGUUCCUGGUUUCAGAGGACCAGGUUGAUAUGUUAAUGGUGUCAAGGCAUGAGUGGGGUGUGGGAAGUCACCCCACUGGGUACCACAGCUUCCCACCAGCAUUUCCAGGCAGGCAGGCUGCACGGUGCUAGCUACAGGCCCAUUGGUAGGACCCUCUCACCCCACGUUGGUGCUCUAGGGUCCAAAGCUUCCCUUUUUCCAGUCUGACAGAGGAGACCUGGGUGUACGGCUCUUGGGCCCCGUGAUGAUGGACUGCCCCUCCCCUAAGCCUUGUUGACUGCUGUGUUGUCUUCCCUUUUGUCCUUCCUGUCCUCAUAUCAGUAUUGCCUUUCACUUUCACACUUCAUCUCAUUCCUGUUCUCACUUUUCGCUUGAAACAAAUAAAAGCCUCCCCAUCUCCACUUGUGUGGGCUGGACAGAAAUCCCA